AUGGACCCUCUUCCAACUAUGGAAAAGGUUCUGAAUAUGACUCUGAAGUUAGAGAGGAAGAUCAAUAGUAUUAAUGCUCAUAAGAACAAUGAGGUUGUGCAAGCUAAUUCUGUCCAGAAUCUAGUAGCAGAUGAUGAAAAUGUUGUAGCUAUGACAAGCUCAAACAAUAAUAAGAAGUUUAGUAAUGUAGGAGGUAAGAAUGUGCCAAAAUGUACAUAUUGUGGUAUGAAUGGCCAUACCAUAGAUAAAUGUUAUAAGAAGCAUGGCUUCCCUCCUGGAUGGAUACAAGGAUACAAGACCAAAAACAGACAAAGCCAGGACACUCAGCAAAAUGUUAACUCCUCCAUUAGUCAGUCUGAUGAUAUAGGAUUGUCACUUGAUCAGUUCAAGAAGCUUCUAUCCCUUUUGCAAGGUCAGAAUCAAGGAAAUCAGGCUUCCACCAAUGUUGCAGUGUCAAUGACUGAUACUGGAAUGAGGCCUAACUUCAGUAAGGUGCCAGAUAACUCUAGAGAAGAUUAUGUUGAAAACUGCCAUCUUGUUGAUGAUAUAUUUGUGAAACUGCCAAAUGGAGAAACUGUACAGGGACUUCAUGGGAUGGUGGAUGGUUUUGCUAAGGAAAAUGAUGGGUUGUACCUACUCAAUCAACCUCCUGUUAAGAGAAAACACUGUGCUGAGAUAAGUAGUCAUUGUAAUAAUUUGACUCUUCAUAUGUGGCACAAUAGAUUGGGGCAUUAUCCCAUAGAUAAGAUUCACACUUUGAAUGGAAUAAAAUGUGUUCAGUUUCAUAAACCUCAAAACUUUGCCUGUGAUGUAUGCCAUUUUGCUAAACACUAG